GACUAUAUUCAGCAAACCGCAGCUACCAAGUCCCUGUUGACCUUACGACCGACCAACCCGGUAGCCUUACGUUUUCGUGGAGCACGCUUGGUGAGGUCAUGAUGGGUGGUCUGGCGGGCAGUUACCGACUGCUAUUGUCGUUUAUUGACACACCAGGAGGCCCAUGACAAUACCAUCACCCCAACACACCCACCGACCACAACUGCGAGCGCCUAUAUUAACUUCUUUGCAGAUGGAUUCCCACAGAUUCGAAAACACCUUCUCCCAUGGUUUUUUCUCCAGAGCCGAGUCACUGCUGAGUGCAUUACCCCAGUCAGUUCUCACUUCCUUCAGAUGAUCUGCAGCACACAGUCUGGACUUCAGAGGCUUUAUUUUUUUCCUUUUCGUCAAGACCAGCACGUUCCGUCACAGAUUUCGGCCUACGAUAUGUCGGUUCCUCAGGGAAUCGGCAAUGGCAAUAAUCUGCUGCCCAAUCUCGCCGCCCUUAGCGUCGGCGGCUUGAACCCCGGCCAGCGCAGACUCGCCGUUGCGCGGGCGGCCCGCCCAGAUGCCACUCGCGAAGAGAUUGAAGCGCAAGUCACCAGAGGCAACGUCCAGCAGAUUGCACAUCACAUGAACAGGACGCUCUCUCACUCUGUUAAGCGGGCCAGGAGUAACACCUUUGGAAGGGCCCACAGGAUAUACGAAGAUGAUUCUUACGGCGAAGAGGAACGUGGUGGGCUCGGGGAGGACAGUGAAGGAGAGAGCCAGGAAGAAGGCUUUGAACUAAACUGGGAAGAGAUACUGGCCAGAGAGGACCUGCAAAACGCCAACAUGUUUGUCCUUGCCGAGUUCCACCAAACGGCCCAGGAGCGCAUCCGCAGGCUCAGGCGAGGCACUGCCGAGUGGCAGCGUGCCACGGCUCAACCUCGUCCCAAGAAGCGUCGCUUCGACCUUCUAGCAUCGCUGUGCACAUGCACCGAGCUCAUCGUCGAGGUCGGCAAGCAUAUGCGGCCGGUCGACAUCGUCAACUUGUACAGUGUCAGCAAGGCCGUCCGUGUCACGGUCGACGACCACAUGCGCAGCUGUGUCUUCGCCUGGGCACGCCACAUGGCGCCCACCUCGGCUCGCAUUUUCUCGAGCCCGGUUUUUUGGCGCUGGUUCAUCGAGGAUCCGGCCGGGCGUUUGGUGACAGCCGCCGACAGGGAGCUGAGCCAGGCACAGCCGGGACAAGCAAAACCCAUCCUGGGCGAAGCGGCCCUGAAUGACGACGAGACCCAGGUCCGCCGGGUCCCCGGCCUGCGCUGGCUGCAGAUGGUCGUCCACCGCGAGAUCCGCGUGCGCGACAUCAUUGCGACGCUGGCGAGGAAGGGCCACCGCCUGCCCGAGGGCGCUCACCUGACGCUCAAGAAGAUUUGGGUGCUCAUGGACGUUGGUAGAACCGCGGGGCGCGUGCAGUUGAUGAACGACCCGGACUUCUUCUCCGACGAGGACCUUUACAUCGCGCAGCUGUUCAUGGUCAAGCUCGUGCUUGCCUUCAAUCACCCCAACUUCGGCCCGCAGUCGAGCAUGUUGAUGCGCCUCAUGAUGGGCCAGCGCGGCCUCUCGCCGCUCUGGAAGCUCCUGCGCGGCAAGCAGUACCGGACAGCGGCGGAGAUCCGCCAGCUCAAGCUGCGCUAUGACUUCGACCCCCGCCUGAUCGCCGCCCAACGCGGCAUGCCGCUGCACGGCAUCUCCGUGGACCAACUGGGCGUCCUGCACCGCGAGGGGUGGGGCACCGGCACGAACCAUCUGCUGAGACCCGACGAGCUUAUCCCGCUCGAGGCCGCCCGCCGCCAGCUUAACUUGGACAACUACGUCGAGGAGAUGAUGCUCUUUGGCCACGUCGACUUCAACACGGGCCAAAGCCUGGUGCCGAGUCUGGAUGAGAUGUACAUGAGUGACGACGAACUGCCCCCGCUUGAGGACGAUUGGAAGUCUCUCAAGCAACAGCUCAUCCGCUCCGGCUGCGGCAACGUCCCCUUUGAGCCCGGCAUGUGGCAGCCCAAGCAUGCGCGCAAGGCCCGGUGGAAGACGCUCACCGACGAGGAGAAGGCGGCGAUCCUGGAGGCAGAGCAGGAAGAGAUAGACGAGGUCAAGCAGCUCGACGGCGUCUUCCUCGAAUUCCAAACUGCCCGGGCCAAGCUGUUGAAGAUGGCCAUGGAGAUCACCUACCGCACGAAGCAAGGUGUCAAGGACAAGUACAGGGUUCCGCCCCCGUCCGCAGAGGACCUACAGGACCAACUGGACCAGUUCAACCAGCCGAAGCGACUCCAACUUGCCAUCAAUGAGGGCACCUACCACACCAGCCCCGGCGCCGACGACGCGAUGGACGUCGACUCCGAGCACGCUUCGACAGCACAACACACGGCGGCAGAGAACCCGGACGACCUCUCGACCAUUCCCGACGAGUCGCUGGACCUCGAGCCCAUUCCGCAGGCCGAGCUACGCCGCAUAUUCGCCGCCUUCCGCCCCCGGAACAGUCCACGGGAUAUCUACUCCGAGUCCGACACCGACUCGUAUCCCAGCUCUGAGCGCGAGUUCGAGUUGCGCCAUCAGGUCGCUCCAUUCCCUGACAUGGGCCAGGAGGACCUCCUGCACCAACUCCAAGCACUCCAGGCCAGCAUCCAGCAACCCCAAGCCCAGCCCCAACCAGCGCAGAAUAACGAGAACGGGGAUGGUGAUGGCAAUGACAAUGACAACGAUAUGGAAUCGUUACUGUCCUCCAUAGACGAGGACGAGGACUUGUCGGCCUGGUUACCCGUCGCUCGCCACCAGCGAUGGGAACCGGAUCCCGACCUGCCCCAGCCCCGCGUCGUGUGCCAGGACCCGCAACUCUACCUCCACGCGCCUGUCUCCCGCAAGCCCGAACUGGUCGAUAAGAUGCUGCUUGCCCAGGCGGACGAGCCGUAUUCGGAUGACAAGUACAAUGGGCAGGGUCUUGUACGGAAGUGGAAGGACAAGAGGAAGGGGAAGCAAAACAAUGAGGAUCGGGCUGCUGCGGAGGCGGAUGGGGAUGGGGAUGAGGCUAUGGCUGAUGAUGGUAGGGGUCAAGAGGGUCAGCUUCAGCAAGCGCGGGAUGAUGAUGCUGACCGAUCCGAGGUGGAUUGGGAUGACUUUUUGAACAAUCCCGGCGCUUAUGUUCUUGGGGAUGUGGGUGGUUCUGUUGCUGCCGCCGCUUUGGAGCGGGCCGAUGAUGAAAACGAAGAAGAUGGUGAGGGUGAGAGUGAGGGUGAGGAUAUGGAGGAGGAAGAUGGCGAUGAUGACGAUGAUGGCAAGGAGGAUAUGGAUGGUUGGGAUGCCGAUCGCGAGGACGAUGACAUGUCUGAGGACGAACUUGAGGAAGGAGAAGAGGAGGAGGAGGAGGCCGAGGAAGACGACCAGGAGGAUGCAGAGAUCGAGAUAAACGUGUUGGUGGAAGGCAUCCAAGGCGGUCUUGCUUUGAACGACGACCAGCAGGAGGAGGUAGUGCCAUUCUCGGAUUCGGAGCUCGACAGCUCGCUGUACACUGCCCCCCAGAAUGUAGGCGAGGACGAGCGAACGAGGAGGCUCCGGGAUUGGUACCGGCCAUGGUAAUCGGGAUACGGCUCUGGUCCGACAGCAUUUGGCUUCAAAACUCGGGGCGACUCGAUGAUGGUUAAUGGGUCUCGAAGAAGCCUGCAUACG